CGCCCAGUUUUCCGAUGUUCAUUACCCGAGUUGAAAAAUGGAGUUCGAUUGAAGCAGAUGUCCACCAACUUAUUCGGGAAAAUAUAAGUGACAGUUUUUUUUAUUUCUGUUUCAAAAUCAUAACUGAAAUUUGUUAGUGUAUUUUUUCCAGCUGUGGAGACUGUAAUUCAACCUACAUCGACACAUUCACGGAGCAACGCUGCAGCGCUUUUCAAGUGUUGUCCUGGACCUGAAGUUGGCGAGGGAAUGCUCGAUAGCUAACCACAAAUAACGUGCCAAAUGUCUGGUUUAUUCAGUACACUUUGUAGCAUCUGAACGCAUUGGAAUUCUCGUUGCCGAUGAUAAUGAUGCAUCUCUGCAUUUUGUUGUGGUUGGAUUUUACUUCCAGGGAAGAUGAAAUGAAUCAUCGGUUGUCAUUCCUUCUCGCAAUUUAGUUACAGCUAGCUACUGUAGGCUACUUGGUUUUCCGAAGAGGGCUCAGUUAUGCAUGUAACGUUGUAAGACCAUUCACAUUUUUUUCCAAUAUCUGGGGGGUUUUAUGCGAAUGAAAAUGGUGAUAUUUGCGGUUUAUUUCCCCGCCGUCACUGCGUCCUUGAUGCUAUUGUCAGGAUUUGGAUCCCCGUGAGAAAAAAUGAGCGAAGAUUCGACAAAUCCAAACGACGAUGAUAGUUAUGCGCGUGUGAGAGCAGUGGUCAUGACUCGGGAUGACUCCAGUGGUGGGUGGCUGCCUCUGGGGGGCGGGGGCCUCAGCUGUGUCACCGUCUACAAAGUCAGCCGGACAGCGGACAGUGAAAGCAGCGUCACAGACCCAAACGGCACCAGAACCAACAGUACGGCGGACUUCCUGAUCAAGGGGGAGCGUCUCAAAGACAAAUCGGUUGUUCUGGAAUGUAUUCUAAAGAAGGACCUGGUCUACAACAAGGUCAAUCCCAUAUUCCACCAUUGGAGGAUCAAUGAGAAAAAGUUUGGCCUGACCUUCCAGAGUCCUGCUGACGCCAGGGCGUUUGACAGAGGGAUCCGCCGAGCCAUCGAGGACAUGAACCAAGGCUUUCCUGCAUUUGGCGACUCGGACUCUCUUGAAGAUGGUUUACAGCCCCUGUGUGAGGAGCCGCCCUCCAUUUGUAGUCCGGUGAAGGAGCCGUUUUCCCCGCUGAGUGUCCACAGUGUGGUGUCCACUGAGCCCUGCCGGGGCUGCUACGUCCGUACUCAGCCCUUUGACGAGUUCCCGUCCAGCAACCGCCGCUACCUGCCUCCACAGGUGGCCUUCAAGUCCACGCGUCACGUGAGCUUUCACAUGGACGAGGAGGAGAUUGUCCGGAUCAACCCUCGCAAGGACGUUUUGAUCCGCGGCUACGAGGACUACCGCCACCCCAUCAUGUGGAAGCAGGAGGCGGAACGGGACGACCAAGACUUCCCAACCACCUUCCACAAACUGGACAACAAGAAGUGCGAGUACCUCUUCCCGGAGGGUCCAGGAAUGGAGUCCCACUCGGGGCCAGGCGGUAUGGGCUUGGGUACAGGACUGGGGCUAGGCCUGGGUAAAGACUCUUCCAUCAAAACCCAGCCCUCACCGCUGCUCAAGUCCAAAAAAGGCCGGCGGCGGCGGGAAGACGGCGAGCGCUCGCGCUGCAUCUACUGCCGUGAGAUGUUCAACCAUGAGGACAACCGGCGGGGCCAGUGCCAGGACGCCCCGGACCCCAUCAAGCAGUGCAUCCAUAAAGUCAGCUGCAUGCUGUGUGCCGAGAGCAUGCUCUACCACUGCAUGUCCGACUCGGAGGGAGACUUCUCGGACCCCUGUUCGUGCGACACGGCCGACGAGCAGUUCUGCCUGCGCUGGCUGGCCCUGGUGGCUCUGUCCUUUAUGGCGCCCUGUAUGUGUUGCUAUCUGCCGCUGAGAUUCUGCCACUACUGCGGAGAGGCCUGCCGCUGCUGCGGGGGCAAGCACAAGGCCGCCGGGUGAGGGCUCGUCUGGGACCAUCCACCCACAACACAGCUAGCUAACACAGGAAAGCGGAAAAAUGCCGGUUCUUAAAAUGACGGCGUCCUUGUUUUUCAUUCACCUCAGAGGGGGUGACAUGUUGUUGACCCCAGGCGCUUGGAGGUCUUUUGGAGACGUUUGAGUUUGUGUCCUCCGAUGCAGAGAGCGGCGAAAGACGAAACCUGGCGUUUGACGGGCUCUGGGCCAGAAGUUGAGUACGGGAAGCCUAAUGCGAGGAGGUGUUGAGAUUAACAGACAUGGCGAUAUUACUAAAUACACACACACUGACUCCCACUCGUACAAUACACCCAACUACCAGGCUAUCAUGUCAGACUCUACCCUACAAGUAAUGUGUAACUUUAUGAAGGAAUAACAAACAACAAGAAAAAAA